GCGAGCACGCUCCGUUAGAGCACCAAUCCUUUCGGAUUACAUCCAACUUCAGUUCUGCUGUCUGCUCCUUGUGGAAUUACAACAAGCAUCAUCAUGACUUUUGAGGAAGUGCUCAUCCAGAAAACCAGCGAGAGAGCUCAGUGCACUGGACAAGCACUGGAAGAGGUUUUGCUUUCUGCCAAAGCAAACGAAAACCUUACCAUUGGCGUUUACGAAUCGGCCAAAAUUAUGAAUGUUGACCCGGACAGUGUGUCUUUCUGCGUCCUGGCAAUGGAUGAGAAUUUUGAGUGUGACAUCGCUCUCCAAAUCCAUUUCACUCUCAUCCAAGCCUUCUGUUUUGACAACGACAUCAGCAUCGUCAGAGUGAAUGACAUGCAGCGUCUUUCUGAGAUUGUUGGUGACAAGCCUGAACAAUUUGAGGAUGCUCACUGCGUGCUCAUCACGAAGCCAGCUGAGGACUCAUGGGAGGAUCCAGCUCUGGAGAAGCUUCACCUGUUCUGUGAAGAAAGUCGCAGUUAUAACGAGUGGGUUCCUGAGAUCACUCUCCCCGAGCGUUGAUCUGGACCUUUACUCUUCUCUGUUGAGAUGCUGUAAACCUUGAGGAAUACUCUGCUCAUCCUUUGAAACAAGGAUGAUGAUGUUUCCACAUCCCUGGAUGCUCCUGAGGAGGCUGAACCGUCCAGGCAGCGCGAGGCAGGCCCGAGUGGCCCUCGCGGUUACGUCGUUCCUCGUCCCGUCCAUGCCAAGAUGAUCCUCAUUCUUUAUGUGAAUGAGGUCAGGUAUGCCACGAGAGCGACACAAUGGCCCUCAUUCUUUGUGCGGAUGAGGUUUGGAGAGAAAGGAGAAGCGAGUUUUGCCUCUGUUACACAGAGCAAAUAUCGCAUGCGUUGGACACGCAGGGGACGCGGCGGUGCGUCGAAGCAACGUUUUUAAAAAUGGACUUUAACAUCUCGGACGUUUUUAAAAAUGAAAUUGCUGCACAAUAUAACGUGCCUUAUUGUCGGCAAUGUGCUUUCCACUUUCCAGAAUUGUCUUAUUCUCUAAAGGUUUCACUUUAGAAAUAUUAAUGUGACAAAAACAAAAAA